CUUCUCGCUCGUCGCCGGAGCAGACAGAGCUCAUCCGUCAGUGGAGCUCGCCCUCGCCCUCGCCCUCGCCCAAUCGCGUGCAUUAUUGACGAGACGUCCUCCGCUCCUCACUCCCCGUCGACCUCGAUCUUUCGUCCUCGGCCUCGGCCUAUUACUUUAGCUGACUCCGUGCCCCGAUUCAAACGAACAAUUCUGCCUCUCGCUCGCUCUCCUUCUCGCUACCGAUCUGCCGCUCCAGUCUCUGCGAUUUUGACACUGCCGAGAAUCUGCUGCGGAGGCCGAGGGCGCUAGGAAGGAGGAGGAGGAGGAGGCAAGCAGGCCAUCGCCGAGCGAGCGCAGGGAGCGCAGGGAGCGAGAGCGAGAGCGAUGGCGGAGGCGAACGGGGCGCCGGCGUACAAGUUUCUGAUCUACGGCAAGACGGGGUGGAUCGGCGGGUUGCUGGGGCAGAUGUGCGAGGCGCAGGGCAUCGAGUACGUGUACGGCGCGGGGCGCCUGGAGAACCGCGCCUCGCUCGAGGACGACAUCGCCGGCGCCAAGCCGACGCACGUGUUCAACGCCGCGGGCGUCACCGGGCGCCCCAACGUCGACUGGUGCGAGACGCACAAGUGCGAGACCAUCCGCGCCAACGUCGUCGGCACGCUCACGCUGGCCGAUGUCACGCGCCAGCACGGCCUCGUGCUCAUCAACUACGCCACCGGCUGCAUCUUCGAGUACGAUGCCGCGCACCCCGAAGGCAGCGGCAUCGGCUUCAAGGAGGACGACACCCCCAACUUCAUCGGCUCCUUCUACUCCAAGACCAAGGCCAUGGUCGAGGAGCUGCUGAAGAAUUACGAGAAUGUGUGCACAUUGCGAGUACGCAUGCCGAUCACGGCGGAUUUGAGUAACCCGCGUAACUUCAUCACGAAGAUCACGCGGUACGAGAAGGUGGUCAACAUUCCCAACAGUAUGACCAUCCUCGACGAAUUGCUGCCCAUCUCCAUCGAGAUGGCCAAGAGGAACUUGACGGGCAUCUGGAAUUUCACCAAUCCCGGAGUGGUCAGCCAUAACGAGAUCCUGGAAAUGUACAAGGAGUACAUCGAUCCGUCUUUCAAGUACACCAACUUCAACCUCGAAGAGCAGGCCAAGGUUAUCGUCGCUCCCAGAAGCAACAACGAGCUGGACGCCACGAAGCUCAGCACCGAAUUCCCGGAGAUGCUUUCCAUUAAGGAGUCUCUAAUUAAGAACGUGUUCGAGCCCAACAGGAAGACGCCGGUCAGAAAUUAGCUCGCACGAACGCCGCCCUAGGUCUUGUGUUUUUCUUCAGAUGUCGAGUAUUUAUAGAGCCUUUGCAUCAACAAGGAAUAAUUUCUCACUGUUCGCUGAACCUUUUACUCUCUACAUAAAGCACCACAUUCUUUUGCCGGGUAAUUGUCCCGGCGAGUGAUUUCUGUGUCCUUGUUCUAAAACGUGUCGUCCGCUUCCGCUGCUGCCCAUGGAUGAUUACUAGCCCCCCGGUUCUGCCACAGAAAUCUGUGCAGUGAUCUGAGCUCGGAUCAAGCUCACGGUCCCUUGAAUAUUCGACUAGACUGCAGAGUCACAAGGAUGAGCUUUUCCUACGCACUGGUGGACGCCCUCGCGAUUUUCGUCCUCUACCGUGGGCUCAGGAGUUUCGAAUGUCCCAUUGCCCAGAGGUCUGUUGUGAGGGAGCCAUUUCGAGUGCAGACUACUUGAGAUUGGCUUGUUGUGUGCCCUCUUCUCACACACCAGCGUGAGGAUCCGGCUCUCGAGAUUCUGAUCAUCACAUUCAGGCACAGAUUGCAUCUUGGAUUUGUCGGAAGGGAGGGUGGACUGUAGCCAUAGCUCCCCUCACAUACAGUGGUCGACAAUGUGAGGGCAUUCAUAUAAAAGGUGGUGGGGGCCUUUGCAGACACACGCACCAAUCACCGGUCUCACGGUCGGGCGGUGGCAGCAAAUGGUUCGUAGCUCCUCGAGAAAUGUAGCAUAGGACUGUUCUGCCACUUUAUUCUGAAGUGGCUGCAGGUGCAGGCGCACGAGGUUCAGACGAAACGACCGCUCUGAGCUCCGCCUCAUUCAGUAAUCAAUGGCCAUCGUGGAGGUCGUUAAGCAGGCCAGAAUGCACAUCUGACUUUGAAAAGAUAUGUCAUGUAGUAAGUUGAAUACAAGUAUGAA